UUACUCAAAAAAAUAGAAGAAUCUCAACAGUCCCACCACAUCACAUCUUCUGUCAUUUUUUUUAUGUUGUUUUCUCAUUUUGGUUCAGGCACGUAAAUAUUCCAUGUCCGUAAUAUCUUAGUUAAACUCAAAUUUCAAACGAUUGGAGCUGUUCCACGUGUCUGCCAUUUUCUGUUCCUGUCAAUUAGCAGUCAUGUUCUUUGAAGACUAGCAAGACAUGACCAGUUCACUUAGUUACAGCUCUUGUAUAUAUAGUACCCAGAAUCUUGAAAAAACCCUUUUCAUGUAUUUUUGUUUUCAAAUACUGAAUGCAUUGAUAUGAGGUAUUAUUGAAACUAAAAUAAAUAGAAUGGAAAGGUUUGAAAUUCUGAAAGAUAUUGGUUCUGGCAGUUUUGGUGUAGCUAAGCUAGUGAAAGAUAAGUGGACAAGUGAGCUCUAUGCUGUCAAGUAUAUUGAGAGAGGAAAAAAGAUUGAUGAGCAUGUUCAGAGAGAAAUCAUGAAUCAUAGGUCCUUGAGGCAUCCCAACAUCAUUAAAUUCAAGGAGGUAUUUCUUACCCCAACUCAUCUAGCAAUAGUGAUGGAAUAUGCUGCUGGCGGAGAGCUGUUUGAAAGAAUAUGCAAUGCUGGUAGAUUCAGUGAAGAUGAGGCAAGAUUUUUCUUUCAACAACUUAUAUCAGGAGUCAGUUACUGUCACUCAAUGCAAAUUUGUCAUAGAGAUCUCAAGCUCGAAAAUACACUCUUAGAUGGUAGCUCAACACCACGUCUUAAAAUAUGCGAUUUUGGCUACUCCAAGUCGUCAGUCCUGCAUUCCCAACCCAAAUCUACUGUUGGAACUCCGGCCUAUAUUGCACCAGAAGUCUUAUCAAGAAAGGAGUACGAUGGGAAGCUAGCAGAUGUUUGGUCUUGUGGGGUUACAUUAUAUGUGAUGCUUGUUGGUGCUUAUCCCUUUGAAGAUCCUAGUGAUCCAAGAAAUUUCAGGAAAACUUUGACAAGGAUAUUGAAUGUUCAAUAUUCAAUUCCUUAUUAUGUUCGACUUUCGAAGGAGUGUAAGCAUCUUUUAUCUCAAAUAUUUAUAGCUGACCCUGAGAAGAGAAUAACCAUAGAAGAGAUUAAAAAGCAUCCUUGGUUUCUAAAGAAUUCGCCUAUAGAAUUUAUGGAAGGAGAGGAAGCAAGUUUACAAAUGAAUGGAGAAAAUGAACCCUCUCAAAGUAUUGAUGAAGUGUUGGCUAUAAUUCAAGAGGCAAGAAAGCCAGGAGAAGGGCCCAAAGUAGGUGACUUAUUUGUUAAUGGAAGCAGUAGUCUUGAUCUUGAUGAUGACUUAGAUAUUGAUGCAGAUGAUGUGAUAGAGACAAGUGGAGAUUUUGUUUAAACUCAAUGUGGUCAGACUCUUUAUCAGAUCUCUCGCAUAUAACGUGAGUUUAGUGCAGUUUUAGUGCAUAGAACUGCAUAAAUUGUGUCAUGGAAGCCAAAGUAAAAGCUAUGAUGAGGAUCCUUCUUAGCCAUGGAUAAUGAAAAUGGUCUUUUCUCCGUUGCUUAACCAUGGUUAAGUGAUAUCAUAUAUAGUAUGUAUUUUGACUUUGGUUUGUAACAACUAAGGUUAAAUUUUCAGGAAAAAAGCUUGUUGCGCGUAAGUAUUUAUCCUUUUUAGCAUAGUGGUUUUACUCUCUGGCUUUUUUGCCUUUUGUUUAAUCUCAUGUUAUAAGAUACUAUGUUAGAAAUAUUCAUCAUGUAUGACCCUUUGUGUUCUA